AUGUCGACAACUGACGUCAAGCUUCUGGGUGGAUGGCCGAGUCCAUUCGUGAUGCGAGCUCGAAUAGCACUCAACAUCAAGUCCGUGGACUACCAGUUUCUCCAAGAAAAGCUGGGCGAAAAGAGUGAGCGUCUUCUCAAAUCCAAUCCUGUUUACAAGAAAAUCCCAGUUGUGAUUCAUGCCGAUAAGCUAAUAUGUGAAUCGCUUAUCAUUGUCCAGUACAUCGACGAUGUUUGGACCUCUGGUCCUUCGAUUCUUCCUUCAGAUCCCUAUGAUCGUGCUAUUGCUCGCUUCUGGGCGGCUUACAUCGAUGAUCAGUGGUUCCCAUCUGUGAGAGGAAUAGCAUUUAUUGCUGAGGGAGAUGAAGCGAAGAAAGAGGCACUAGAGCAAGUGGCAGCAGGAUUGGAGCUCUUGGAAGAUGCAUUCACCAAAUGCAGUAAAGGCGGCAAUUUCUUUGGGGGAGAACGUAUUGGGUAUCUCGACAUUGCGCUUGGGUGCUUCUUGGCAUGGCUCAGGGUGACAGAGAAGUUGGGCAAUGUGAAACUGCUUGAUGAAGCCAAGGCACCUAAUUUGUGCAAAUGGGCUGAGUGUUUUUGCUCUGAUGCUGCUGUCAAGGAUGUUAUGCCUGAAACUGAUUGGCUCUCUCUGAACCACAACAUUCGCAAAACUUCCCGUAAAAGUUUUCGUACACAAAGCACUAGUUUCCACAAUGGAAACAUACGUUCUCUUUCCUCUCCAACACACAAUGAUUCAACUGAAUCGAAGAAAAUCACCACUGAGCCAUUACUCCCAAUUUGUCCUUCAAACGCCUCAGAUUUGCCAUCCAAUGAUCCCAUUGUAAGAUAGUUUCUCUCUCUUGUUGUUAGAUGUAUCUGCGGGAAGGAAAUUGAAAUGAAUUUUGAUGCUAUUUGUGUUGUUUCAAUUCAAGCUUGCACUCUUGAAUUUAGUAUUGUUUGCACAUUCUGAUGAAGCUUUUACUUUGGCAUAGAACUGAUGCUUUGUUUGGCAACAUGGAAUUGGAACUAGGGAAUUAGGAUUGGAAGGAUCGUAGUGCAAAUUUUGCUACAAUUUCUAUUCUAGGACCUCAAUUUAAUGUUGUCAAAGAUUGUGUCUCAAUUGGUCAUUGGAAAUUUGGUUCCAAAUUGUUGGGUGAAGAUUUUAGAAAUAAAAAUAUAAUGCCUCAUUUUUAUUUUUAUUUUUGCUA